GGUUGGUUCAGUGUACAAGCAACAGUGAGAGCGUAGUGGGAUUCGUUAGCAGUGCGUGGAAGUUUAGUCGCUUAUUAAUUUUAAUUAAAUUCAAUCAUCUUUUGUGCAACAAGUUUCAUAAUGUUUGCCAGAUAUUCAUCCAGCAUUGCCCGUUCCUCCCAGCUUCGCCGGUUCCAAAGUACACUGGUGCUGGCCGAGCACAACAACGAAGCUUUGAACCCGAUCACAUCCAAUGCAGUGACCGCUGCCAAGAAGCUGGGCGGUGAUGUGACCGUCCUGGUCGUCGGUUCCAAGGUCGGUCCGAUCGCUGAAGCAGCUGCCAAGCUGAAUGGCGUUUCCAAGGUGUUGGUUGCCGAAGGUGAUGCUUUCAAUGGACUGCUGGCCGAGGCCGUGACCCCGCUGGUGCUGGCCACCCAGAAUCAGUUCAAAUUCACGCACAUUCUGGCGGGAGCUUCGGCCUUCGGCAAGGCUGUGUUGCCGCGGGUGGCCGCCAAACUGGAUGUGUCCCCUGUGUCGGAGAUCAUCGACAUCAAAUCGGCGGACACAUUCGUCAGGACGAUCUACGCGGGUAACGCCAUUCAAACGAUUAAGAGCAAAGACCCGGUCAAGGUGGUCACAAUUCGUGGAACUAACUUCGAAGCAGCCGGUACCGGCGGCAGCGGCACUGUUGAAAAAGCGCCAGAGGGUGACUACAAACAAGGCCUAACCGAAUUCGUUAGCCAGGAACUGACCAAAUCUGAUCGGCCCUCGCUCACCGGAGCCAAGAUUGUCAUCUCGGGUGGACGUGGCAUGAAGUCGGGUGACAACUUCAAGAUGCUGUACGAUCUGGCCGACAAGUGGGGAGCAGCCGUAGGCGCGUCGCGUGCUGCCGUCGAUGCCGGAUUUGUGCCAAAUGAUCUACAAAUCGGACAAACCGGUAAGAUUGUUGCCCCUGAGCUUUAUGUUGCCGUUGGAAUUUCUGGUGCCAUUCAGCAUCUUGCCGGUAUGAAGGAUUCUAAGACGAUCGUUGCCAUCAACAAGGACCCGGAGGCGCCAAUCUUCCAGGUUGCCGACUAUGGUUUGGUUGCCGACUUGUUUAAGGCCGUGCCGGAAAUCAACGAAAAGUGCUAAAACAGGCACAAAGUUCAAAAACAUAUUUUUAUAAAUCCCACACCACAAUCCCUUAGAUAGGUUCUCCGUUUACGAAAUGGGUAAAAUUCGGCAUCAAUCAGAGUAGCGCAUAUUUUGUCCGAAGUAAAAGUGUUAGAAGGUGAAUGCAUUUCCUCAUGUUAUAAAAUAAAAGUGAGAUUUACUAUGACUAAA